CAGUGCGCAGGCGUAAACCACGUAUCCCGAUUACUCCACAAUGCUGUUUUGGGCCGAACGCUAGCUGGGCAGUUGGCGGUUGUCAAGUCGUAUACGUAGGGCUUGAUAGGGGAGGUAUAGCGGUGGAGAAGCAGGGGGACCCAAGUGCCGCUACGAAAUGGCCGGGCAGCAGUUCCAGUACGAUGACAGCGGCAACACAUUUUUCUAUUUCCUAACGUCCUUCGUUGGACUUAUCGUGAUCCCAGCGACAUAUUACCUGUGGCCCCGAGAUCAGAAUGCUGAGCAGCUGCGUCUGAAGAGCUUGAGGCGGGUCCAUGGCAGAUGCCUCUGGUACCGGCUCCGGCUGAUGAAGUCGCAGCAGAGCAUCGUGCCCACGCUAAAGAAAGCCGCCCUGCUGUUCGGCUGGGCAGUGUUCCUCCUCCUGGCCUACAAGGUGUCCAAACUGGACCGAGAAUACCAGGAGUAUAACCCCUAUGAAGUCCUCAACAUGGACCAGGGGGCGUCUCUGGCGGAGAUCAAGAAGCAGUACCGCCUCCUGUCGCUCAAGUUCCACCCUGACAAAGGAGGAGACGAGGCCGUGUUCAUGAGGAUCACCAAAGCCUACUCUGCUCUGACCAAUGAGCAGUCGAGGCAGAACUGGGAAACGUACGGCAACCCAGAUGGGCCAGGAGCGACCAGCUUUGGCAUCGCUCUACCUGCGUGGAUAGUGGACCAAAAGAACUCCAUGCUGGUUCUGUUGGUCUAUGGACUAGCAUUCAUGGUUAUUCUACCAGUCGUAGUGGGCACCUGGUGGUAUCGCUCCAUCCGCUACAGUGGAGACCAGAUCCUCAUCAACACCACCCAGCUCUUCAUGCACUUCAUGUAUAAGACGCCCAACAUGAACAUGAAACGGUUGGCCAUGGUGUUGACGGCGGCGUUUGAGUUUGACCCUCGCAGCAAUAAGGACGCCACGAUACGGCCCACGGACAACAUCGAAGUGCCGAUGCUGAUUCGAGAGCUGGGCAACAUCAACGUGAAGAAGAAGGAGCCUCCGUUCUGCUACCCCUACAGCCUGAAGGCCAGAGUGCUGGUGCUGGCCCACCUGGCACGCAUGGAGGUGUCUGAGAACAUCGAGGAGGACCAGAGGUUUGUCAUCCGAAAGAGCCCCGCUCUGCUGCAGGAGAUGGUCAACGUAGGCUGUCAGCUCACCAUGAUGGCCAACAGCAGAGGAGGCUUCCACGCCCCCAGGCUGGUGUCCAUAGAGAACUGCAUGAAGCUCACCCAGAUGAUCGUGCAGGGCCUGCAGGAGGCCAAGUCCCCCCUGCUCCAGCUGCCCCACUUUGAGGAGGAGCACCUCCGCUACUGCAUCUCCAAAAAGUACAAGGUGCGGAGCCUCCAGGACCUGGUGAGCCUGAAGGACUCAGACCGGCGCAGCAUGCUGCGCUUCCUGGGGGAGGACAAGUACGACGAGGUCAUGGCCGUCCUCGGCAGCCUGCCCCACGUCACCAUGGACACCAAGCUGCAGGUCCUGGACGACGAAGACAGCAAUAACAUCACAGCAGGCUCCAUCGUCACGGUCACCGUUACCCUGACGAGAAAGAGGAUGUCGGACGUGUUUGAGAAGGAGCAGGAGGCGACGGCGGCGGCGGCGUGUCUGGGAGAGGAGGCCAGCACAGAGGAGGCAGCGCAAGGCGACGCCAGUAAAAACAAAACCAAAGUGUGGCAGAACAAGAGCAAAGGGGCCAAGAAGACGGCCAAGUCCAAGAAGAAGAAACUGACCAAGAAGAAGGCCCUCCCCCCGUCCACCAGCAAGGCCAAGCAGGCCAAUGGGAAUGUAGCAGGAAACGAGGUCGUCGCCACAGCAAAGGAGGAGGAGGAGGAGGGCUCAGAUAAGGGCAGCGAAUCAGAUGAGGCCGAGGCCAACAAAGACUCUCCGAGCGAGCGGGACGACGAGAGUGACAAGCAGAGCGACACGGAGGUGGAUGAGAUCGCCGGGGACGACGAGGAGGAGUGGGAGGCGCUGCAGCAGUCCAUCCAGAGGCGAGAGCGCGCCCUGCUGGAGACCAAGUCCAAGAUCACCCACCCCGUCUACAGCCUGUACUUCCCCGAGGAGAAGCACGAGUGGUGGUGGCUCUACAUCGCCGACCGCCGCGACCAAACCCUCGUGUCCAUGCCCUACCACGUCUGCACGCUCAAAGACGUGGAAGAGGUGGAACUCAAGUUUCCUGCUCCCUCUAAAACUGGGAACUACCAGUAUUCAGUCAUCAUGCGCUCAGACUCCUACCUUGGCUUGGACCAGGUCAAGCCACUGAAGCUGGAGGUCCACGAGGCCAAGGCGGUGCUGGACAACCACCCCCAGUGGGACAUCCCCGAGACGGAGGAGGAGGACGAGGAGCAGGAGGACAGCGACGGCAUCGAGGAGAGCGAGGACGACGACGAGGACAACGACUAGACCCACGGACGCACAGGCCCCGCCCCCUCCCCCCCCCCCUCCCCCAGCACUCGGAAGGGCCCAGGAGAGGAACAGCAGUGCCCGACCCCCCCCCCCCCCCUCCCAAGGGGACAGUUCAAGAGGCGAUCUUCUGACGACAUGGACUGUGACCACACCCGCCCCGCCCACCUCCGACCCCAGCCCCCGCGCCGUCUUUACACACCUCUUUUGUACAGAGACCUCUUAUAGAAUCACUCUGUCACCUUUUUGACUUAGAAGAACAAUCUAUGAGUAUAUACCCAGGCCUGUGUGUGUGUGUGUGUGUGAGUUUGAAUUCAUGAAUGGAUGGUCUUUGUUUGGGGAGAGUGUGUGUGAAUGCACCUGUGUGCAUGUCUCGUAUGGGAAUGUGUGUGUAUGCGUUUUUCACACACUGGACAGAACCUGUGUGGGAAGUUUUUUUUUUUUUUUUUGGGGGGGGGGGGGGGGGGGGGGGUUCUGCAACAUUCAUUCACACAAUAAACGAAAGCCUCUAAUUUGAAAUCAUGCCAUCAUUUCUAGUGAAUUGACCACACCAUUUUGUGUUCAGGAGCUUCGAUUGGAUACUGAAACUGCUGCGCAAGCUCUUCUUUUCCGAGCUUGUCCUUCCUAUGAGAGGCAGUUCACCUCGUUUGGCACAGGGGGGCGCUGUUCAGUCUCAUCCGUAACAGUAGGCUUCACCAACCUUCGCAUCUUUGUCCUGAUUUAAAUGGAGUUCAGCUCCAAAGUCCACUGUUCAGUGCCCGUUUCGGUCGACCAUAAAUCGGACGCAAAGGACGAGGUCAUUCAACUGGAGCCUUGAUUAGGUAUUUGGUGGAUCGGUUACGACCAAUCAAGAAGUCUGAAAUAGAUAACGAGCGUCUCUGACUCGCUGACCGGACACAAGGGGAUGAGUACUGCAUCUCUUGUCUAAUGGGGCCGUCGGAUAGUUUCAAUAUGUAUUCACACCUUCCUGUUCUGUUUGUUUUCCAUCGUACCACAUUCCAGAGUACACCGUUCAACUGCAAGGCCUUAUCCUACCCCAAUACCACAGCCAACAUGUCUUAUCCUAACCCAAUACCACAGCCAACACGUUCACUUAGAAAGUCCUUGGGGUUUUAUGCACCGAGGGCGGGGGGGGGGGGGGGGGGGGGGUUUCUUUUUGUUCUUUUUUGUGUUUUUUUUUAAUCUGAUAAAUAUUUCCUUUUUGUUCUCUCCUUCCUCUCUCUGUCUGAGGACCAAGCUACGAGUGUAACUUGGCUUUCCUUUUCGGUUGGGUUGUUGACUCGCACGCUCUCGUGGUCCUCGUGCUUACUAACGAUGUAGCGUACGCCGUAGAAGGACGGGCGUGUGUGUGUGUGUGCGGUUAUGGAGUUGGCCGUAUUGAACAGGCCGCACAGCCGUGCCGUGGUGGGCAGUGUGGGCAGAGUCUCCUCUGCGGAGCAGGAGCGGACCUGAGGGCAGGCAGCACAGGCAUGGCCAUGUGGGGGGGGGGGGGGGGGGUCUAAGUAUUGUAAAAUAAUUGACACUAUUGUUGGUUUUCCAUUUUAUGAAGAGUAGAAAAUGAACUGACAAGUGACACACUUUGUUGUGGAUUAUGUACUGGAUUGUGGAUUUGAGGUUUUGAAGACCAACUAGGAUUUGGGGCAAUAGUGUCAUUCAUUUUAAAGGCUGAUUCUCAAUUCAUUGACACGAUGGCCUAGUAAGGUGGUGAAACUGAAGUUAAACUCCUCGUCUUUAGGAAGUGGUUUUCUGGGCUGUGUUUAUAAAGGGUGUCCAGUAUAGAUGAGGCCCCGCUGGGUUGGUACGCUACAGCCAGGGGUACCUAGAAGGCCAGGGGACAUGAAGCUUGUGGCUACGAUAAGGCAACAAUGACGCAGAGAAACUGGCUUCCAAUUAUUAGCAGGACUGGGAUAGAAACUAGCAACCAAUCUGUUUUUGUUGUAACAGAUUGGACUUGUCAAUUACAAAUACCAGAGCUUCCUCAUGCGUUGCUCUGUUGUACUUUCCUAACCCUUUUCUCUGGAGGUAAAUAUGAAUAACUUUACUCAAAGAUUUGUAGAUGGUUUUCUUAUUUUUCUUUUGCAAACGGCCUAAUCCAUGACGGAGAGACUGAUUGCAUGCUUUCCACCACAGACAACAGGCACACUGUAAGCCUAAUGUUUUUAAACCAGGUGGGCCAAUUGGGGGGUACAUAAAAUCUACUCCUGAGAAUUGAUCUGUCUGCACUAGAAUGUAGCAUCAGCGUUAACGCUGUGUGGAAAAAAAUGCAGAAAGGUUAAACACGCAACAUCUCCCGUUAUAAACCUGGACCGACAGCACGGUGGGGGAAACUACCCAAUUAAUCUAUCUGCCACUUUUGUUUACAACGGAACUGUCAUUGUAAAUGGAAACAAAAUAUAUUAUUUGUAUUUAAAUCAUUUCAAAUAAAACUUUUAAAA